GUAACACCUAUUAUGGCAGAUUAUUUAGAUCGGUUAAAAUAUAGAACAACAAAAACUGAUGUGCAAAUUCGAAUUGAACGUAUAACAAAUAUUGAACGUAAGAAUGAAAAAGAAAAUCCAUUUGAUAUACUUCCACCAUAUUCAAUGCGAGGUCCUAAAAGGGGUGUAGUGCUUGUAAUUAAUAAUAUAGACUUUGAGAAUAGCGAUUUGAGUAACAAACUUGAAGAACGUAAUGGUGCUGAUGUUGAUGCAGAAAAUUUAAAAAAACUAUUUGUUCAAAUGGGAUUCAUAUGGAUUUAUUGGGAAAAUCAAACUAGAAAACAAAUUAAGGAAAAUUUAAAAAAAUUUACGGACUACUCAAAUAAAACAUUAAGCGAAGUUGAUUCAUGUUUCGUAUUUGUUAUGAGCCAUGGAACUCAUGAAGAUAAAUUUUUUACAUAUGACAAUUUAAAAGUAAAAUCAACCGAUAUUUUAGAUAGAUUUGACAAUUCUAAUUGCCAACAAUUACGAGGCAAACCAAAGGUUAUAAUUUUUCAAAUGUGUAGAGGUGAAUUAGAAGAUCAACUAAUAUUAAACGAAAGGCUAUUGGCAGAGCAGUACGACGUCCCAGAAUGUCAAAUGGACAUGGAAGCUCAGAUAUUAACAACAGAUAAUACAACCAGCCCAAGGAUAUCAGACAUACUUAUUUGUUAUUCGACAAGUCCAGGGUUCAGAAGUUUCCGUGAUCCAAAAGGUUCUUGGUUUAUACGGUAUUUUUGCGAAGUAUUUAUGACUUAUUCAUGCAACAUGGACGUAGAAAAUCUUCUCAAAAUAGUGGCUAUGAAAGUGAGCAAACAAUACACGGAAUACAAUGCCCUACAAAUUCCCCGAAUUGAAAAUAUCCUUUUUCGAGAGUUUUAUUUAUACCCAUUAUCAGAAAAAACUAAUUAUGGGUUUCAUACAUGGUGGAAGCGAAAUAAAGUACUAAUAUUCCUAGGAGUUGUUAUAAUCAUAUUAAAUAUAUAUUUACUCUUGGAAACCAAAAAUACAAAAUGGCAGCUGUAAAAUGGUGAAUGAUCAAACACUUUCCUGUGUUCAAACCGUUCGUCAAAAGACAAGAUAUUGAAUUAAAUAUUGUAUGGACAUCUGUACAUCACUCCAGUAUUUGAGUCUAACCAAAACUAUUUAAGGUUGUUAUGAAGAAAAUGCCAUGCAGACUUUUCAAAAAUUCCAAAAGUCAGUUAUUCACAUAAGGAAAGUCUAGCCAAAAUUUGAAUUCAUUCUUGUUCUUAGUUUUCGUGAAAAUCUAUGUUAAAGUUACAUAUUUAGAUAGUUU